CCCAAAUAAUCGACGGGAAGAAAGAAAGAUGCUCCCGUUCUCGGCUCCUCGGCCGGAGUCGAUUCACCACCGCCUCCACGAUUUCGCCAAGCUGGCGCUCGUCAAGAUCUUCGCCCACCCCUACGCCACCGUUUGCGACUUGUAUUGCGGAGGAGGACUGGACCCCGAGGCAUGGGCCGGCAUUCAAAUCGGCCGCUAUGUCGGCGUCGAAGUGCCGGCUUCUGGAUUGAGUGAAAUAGAAGAAAAUUGGGAGAGCCAUAGGAAAGACUACUCUGCAGAGUUCUUCGAAGCGGAUCCUUGCUCGGAAAGUUUUGAAACCCAGCUCAAAGAGAAGGCUGGUCAGGUGGAUUUUGUUUGCUGCUUGCAGAAUUUGCAGCUCUGCUUUGAAACUGAGGAGAGUGCUAGGAGAUUGUUGCACAGUGUCUCAUCUUUGCUUAAACCAGGGGGUUAUUUUUUGGGUAUUACUCCUGACUCAUCUACCAUAUGGGCAAAGUACCAGAAGAAUGUUGAGGCAUACCACAAUAGAAGCGCAAGUAUGAAGCUAAAUAUAGUUCCCAAUUGCAUACGGUCUGAGAAUUAUAUGAUCACGUUUGAGGUUGAGGAGGAAAAGUUCCCUUUAUUUGGAAAGAAGUACCAGCUAAAAUUUGCUCAUGAUGCCGUGGCUGAAACCUAUUGCUUGGUUCAUUUUCCAAGCUUGAUCAGAUUGGCUCGGGAAGCUGGUCUGGAGUAUGUAGAAAUUCAGAAUUUGACAGAGUUUUAUGACGACAACAGAAUGCAGUUUGCCGACAUGCUGAUGAAUGCUGGUCCAAAUCUCUUGGAUUCAAAAGGAAGACUCGUUACUAGGUCAUUUGAUGUGCUUGGCCUUUAUUCGACGUUCAUUUUUCAAAAGCCUGAUCCGGAUGCCGGUCCUCCUCUAGCCACUCCGCUGCUGGAAAACAAUUACAGUCAAGAAGAGGAUAGUUCUUCCCGUUUAACUUUAAGUCAAACGGCUGCUAGAUGGAUAGCCGAUGAGAAGACCGCUCCAGUUAUGGUACAAACACCAGCACCAACAGAGGCCCCUCUUGGACUUGGGAAGAUCAGCGAGCAGAAAGGGAUUUUGGGUCCAGGACCUCCAGAUUUACGCUUUGCGGAGGCUGUUUGACCAUAGUUCACAGAUCGACAUUGUUCAUUAGAGUAGAUGUCUUCUUAAUCGCAGGAUUACUUGUUCUAGAUUAGUUCGCAGACUCGGUGUAGUUAGAAGCUAGAACCUGAAGUUUGCUGGGAGUAAUUUGGCGGGUUUGACGGAGCUGAUUAUUGCAUAUGGUAGAGCUAUCAGUAAUGUCAUGAUUUUGUUGAUGAAAAUAUAACGGUCGAAGCAAGGACGCCCUUCUAGCGUCGUACUUUCUAAAGGUC